AUGUCGACCACGGAAGCAGAUGCAGUCUCUCGAAAGGAGCGCAAAGCCCAGCGUGAUGCUGAACGUCGCCAACCUGGCAAGACGAAGAAGCGCAAGCUUGAUGACGCCCAAGAUGGUGCGGAGGAUGCGCCAGCAAAGGAUGCAGAAGUCUCAAAGAAGUCAAAAACGAAGAAGCGCAAGGCAGAGGAUGCUGUAGACGGAGAUGGAGAGUCUGUURCUGGAGCGGAUAAGGGCGAGAAAGUCACAGAUGGUGCAGCGGUAGUCGCACGGCCGAAAAAAUCGCGGAAAAAGAAGAAGAACACAACCGCAGGCGAGGGAAAGACAGAGGACGGAGCAGAGAAGCCAGCAGCAGAUGCUCCAAAGACGAAAUCAAAGUUCAUACUUUUCAUCGGCAAUCUACCCUACAAAACCACCGACGCUGCGCUCCAACAACAUUUCAAAUCACUCCAACCCUUCAACCUGCGACACCGGACAGAACCUGGCACAAAGAAAAGCAAGGGCUUCGCUUUCCUGGAGUUCGAGAACUAUGAUCGCAUGAAGACUUGCUUGAAGCUGUUCCACCACUCCACAUUCGACCCAGAUGUCAUCGAUGACAAGACGGCCGCAGCAAGCAAGGCAAAAGCUGAGGCUGGGGGAUCUACCAGUGUGGGAUACAACGGGCGCAAGCCUAAAGAUCACACAAGAAAGAUCAAUGUGGAGCUGACAGCGGGUGGAGGCGGAAAGACGGAGGGCAGGAUGGAGAAGAUUAAAGUCAAGAACACGAGACUGGRGGAGCAGCGACAGCGACGAGCGGAGCUUGAGAGGAAAGAAAAGGAGAAGAAGGAGAAGAAAGAAAGAUUAAAGGCCGGCAAAGAAGGCACCGGUGCAAAUGUCGAGGCCAAGGCGGAGGAGACAACGCCGAUAGAGGCGAGCGGAAUCCACCCGAGUCGACUACGAAGAGGUGUUGACUUUUGA